GUUGAUGCAACUGACGAGCGGUGUCCAAAGUGUUCACACCCCCGAGCUUAUUUUAUGCAAAUUCAGACUCGUUCAGCAGAUGAGCCAAUGACAACAUUUUACAAAUGUUGUAACCAUGAAUGUGCACAUCGCUGGCGUGAUUAGCAGUUGUUUCAGGCUUGGCUCAAUAUCUAUCAUGCGGUUAUCUUCCUUGGUGCGCAUCACAGAGAGCGAUCAAGAUCAAACCUCAGCUGUUACUCUUGCAUGCCAGCUUCUCUCUGAUGGUAAUAUCAUUGCACUGCCGACGGAUACUAUUUAUGGACUGGCAGUAUGUGCUCAGAACACAGCGGCAGUCAGGAAACUCUAUGGUGUUAAGGGUAGAGACUCUGCAAAACCAGUAGCUGUAUGUGUGGGUGCAGUAGAUGAUGUAAGUUCCUGGGGUAAAACAGAUGUUUUACCUGCUGGACUUCUCAAUUCCCUCCUCCCAGGUCCUGUUACAAUAAUAUUAGAGCGUACAUCGUUACUUAAUCCAGAAUUAAAUCCAACUUGCAAUAAGGUAGGAAUUAGAAUUCCUAAUCACCUAUUUGUUCGGCACAUAUCUCAAAAAAUUGCUGAACCAAUUGCAUUAACUAGUGCAAAUCUUAGCAAUGAGCCUAGUUGCUUGAGUCCAAAGGAGUUUGAACCUUUGUGGCCACAGGUUGCUGCUGUCUUUGAUGGGGGACCGUUAGGGUAUAACCAGAUUGCACAUUCUCGGGCUGGUUCAACAGUAAUAGACUUAAGUUUCAUGGGAAAAUACCACAUUGUAAGGGAUGGAAGUGCUCUUGUACAGACUAUUGCCACUCUUCAUCAGUUUGGAUUACAACCUGUGCAAAUUGCUGCCGAUAAGUCCAUUAAUUGAACAGAUUUCAUUUAACUAAACCUGUUGAUUGUACUGAUAUGUGAUUUUUUAUAACCUAUUGGAUAACAAUUAAAUAUCUGUUUGUAAUUCACAUUUAA